AUGGAGUGGUAUAACAAAAGACGCUAUAACGGGGGUACCCUGUCUCCCAUUGAACGGAGUUCAUACUAUUAUGGCCAGUACCCUCUCUACUGCAGUGAUUGGUUCACCUUGGGCGACAGGGACACUAUUGCAUUCUCCACUUACAAAGAAGGCUUCUCCAACAAGCUCCAAGUCGUCCAGGGAUAUGCUUACGGCAAGGAAAUGACCGAGGAUAGCGAUCCGGACCACACAAUUGAAGGGUUCGACUUCAACUUAGCGGCGGAAGUGAACUUGGACUACCCGAUAACCCACCUCCAAUGGGACCCUCUUAAUACCCCCCGGUUGGCAGCAUCGCUGGAUUUAUUACGAUUGUACAAACUUGAGUACGACGAUAAUGAUACUAUGCUCGUUCAAACCCACAUGCUUGCCAAUAACCCCACCACCAAGGACGAUAUCAAUACAUUCCCUCCAGUGACCUCAUUUGACUGGAAUUCCACCGAUCCCAGCAUUGUUAUCACCCUGAGCAUUGAUACCACUUGCACUGUAUGGGACUUGCAUCGUACCUACAAUGAUGAAGGUUCGGAAAUGGCUACGGUGAAGACGCAGCUUAUCGCGCAUGACCUGGAGGUGUUCGACGUCAAAUUCGUUUCCAAACUGACAGACAUAUUUGCCCUGGUUGGCAAUGAUGGCCUGAUGCGUGUGUUUGACUUGCGGCUGCUUGAGCACUCUACUAUCAUCUACGAGCCCCCCGCCACCAAGGCCAUGAACACCAAAGCAUUACUCAAAUUGCUGACGCUGAACAUUGACCAGCACCACUUGGCGACCAUCGGGGUCAAUUCCAAUGAAGUCAUCAUCAUUGACAUGCGGAUGCCGGGGCUUCCUGUUGCUCUGAUCGAUGGGUCGCUCGGCGGGGUUCUGCCGGCAGCGAUCAACUCGAUCCAAUGGCAUCCCACGUCCAACUAUUUGUUGACCGGAGGUGACGAUUGCCAGGCUCUAGUGUGGGAUUGUUCAAAGUUGUCCGGUGAACUGAGCACAGUUAUUGACACUCCAGUGUUAGCUUAUGAAGAAGAGUAUGAAGUUAACAAUGUGUGUUGGCGGCGUGAACAGGGAGACUGGUUUGGUGUGGUCAGCGGUAAAGGGUUCCAAGCUGUAGGCUUUUAA